UAUUUCUUCACAACAAAAGAAUCAAUUAAAAUAAAAACACAAUUACAUAGAAGUUAUAAAAAAUAACAAUAAAGAACAAAAAUAAUAAUACUAUCAGUACAAAAAAGAAAAACAUGAUAAAUGGCUAAUUAUGAAUUAAUAGAUGAAACAAAUGGAGUACGUUACAAGCAUAUAGGAUGGCGUAUAGCAUUAUUGGUGAGUUUAUGUAUGUGCUCCACAGCUUUGGUGUAUCGAAUAUGGCAACAUAUCUAUGGACCUUAUUAUACGGUAAUACUGAGUUACCCACAAGUCAAGCAAAGUAUACCACCCGAAUGGAUUGAUCGAGCCACUAUGUAUAGCUUAGCUUAUCAAAAUCAAAGCCAAGAAUCACAUGAUUUUCGUUUGGUUAAAAAUUCUACAUUCCGUAUUAAAUAUUUACAUUCCGAUCAGGAUGACAAUUCAUCGACAGAGGCUAGCAGUAUUUUAGCACCUUUGCCUAAUGAAACACUAGUAGUUUGUUAUUAUACAAUAACCAGUGAGGAUAAUGCAUAUGAGAAUUUGAAAUUAACACAAGUCAAUGGUACACUAUGUACCCACAUUAAUGUGGGUAUGGCAUUUAUAAAUAAUUCCUCUAUUGCCAUUAGUCAAGGCUUAAAUGGUACAUUACUAUAUGAUAUGCCUCGACUGAAAAAACAGUUUCCGCAUUUAAAAUUUCUCUUGUGUAUUGGAGGCGGUGGCUCAUCAAGUGAUGGUUUCUCGGAUAUGGUGAAAAAUCAUCAGAGUCGUAAAGUAUUUAUACAAUCAUUAAAGGAAGUAUUGAGAAGUUAUGAAUUAGAUGGUUGUGAUCUAGAUUGGGAAUUUCCCAGCGCUUAUAAUCGUGAACGUAUGCAUUUUACACAAUUACUUUAUGAAAUACGUCAGGAGUAUGUAAGAGAAAAGCGACCAUAUUUGUUAUCUGUAGCAGUGGCCGCACCAGAAGGUAUUGCUUUAUUCGCAUACGAUGUAGGUGAAAUUAAUAAGUAUGCGGAUCAUGUCAAUUUAAUGUCAUAUGAUUAUCAUUUUUAUACAAAAGGAACGCCAUUUACUGGUCUAAAUGCACCCCUAUAUGCGCGUAGUAAUGAACAUUCAAUUCUUGGCACGUUAAAUAUUAACUAUUCGGUAAAUUGGUGGCUUAAGAAUGGUUUGGCACGUGAAAAAUUAAUUGUGGGUUUGCCAACUUAUGGUCAUUCCUUUACAUUGGUCAAUCCUUUUAAUACUGCUAUAGGUGCUCCAGCUGAAGGUUAUGGUCAUACUGGUAAUCAAGGUUUUAUAUCGUCUGGAGAAAUAUGUUGGUUUUUGCAACACAACAUUUUAAGUUCGUUAGAGUAUGACAAGGAUUCUUGUUCCUGUUACGCCAGUAGUGCCACGGAAUGGAUUGCCUUUGAUCAGGUUACUAGUAUAGCCUGUAAGGCAAAGUAUAUUAAAAUGCAUGGUCUUGGAGGAGCAAUGAUGUUUUCUUUGAAUACUGAUGAUUUCAAAGGAAUUUGCGUGGAGGGCAAAAAAUUUCCAUUAAUCGAAGUCGUUUAUAAAAUCCUGAAAAAAGUUUAGAAAUAGGUACAUAUAUAUGUAAAAUAGAAUGACAGACCAAAGACGAUAUCAGAGUUUAGAUGCAUUGUUUUGCUCUUUGUUAUUUAUUAUUUUAAAACUAAGAUUAAUCCAUUUGUUUUAAAUUGUAUGUAUAUUUUUUAAAAUUAAAAUUAGGUGAAAUGAAAAAAUCUUAAUAAAACUCUAGAGAAAUUAUA